AGCAAGAAGUGGCAACUCGAGAUGCAGAGAAAACAGAAGACAAGAUUUUAUAUAAACGUCUUGCAAAACACAAUUACAAAGAAGCACGCGGUGAAGGUGCAGCAUAUGCUAAGUUAACCAGUGCAGCUUAUCACAAAUGCACACACAUUCUGUGCUCAGGAUUUGAAGAUGGUGCCUUCUUUCUUCAUGAGAUGCCAGAUUUCAAUCUGAUACACUCUCUGAGUAUAUCUGACCAGAGCAUCAUCUCUAUAGAAUUCAACAAGCCUGGGGACUGGAUUGCUCUGGGCUGUGCUGGUCUGGGACAGCUGCUUGUGUGGGAAUGGCAGAGUGAGUCAUAUGUACUGAAACAACAAGGUCACUUCAACAACAUGAGCUGCCUGGCAUACUCGCCUGAUGGGCAGUAUAUUGCUACAGGAGGGGAUGAUGGGAAGGUUAAGGUCUGGAAUACUAGUAGUGGUUUGUGUUUUGUGACAUUUAAUGAACACCUGGGAGGUAUCUCAGGUGUGGCCUUCAGCCAGAGUGGACAAGUAGUGGUCACUGCCUCACUGGACGGGACUGUCAGAGCAUUUGACCUUAACAGAUAUCGUAACUUCCGUACCUUUACAUCACCACGCCCUGUUCAGUUUUCAUCCCUGGCCUUGGACUCAAGUGGCGAGAUUGUUUGUGCGGGGGGUCUGGACGUGUUUGAGAUCUUUGUAUGGUCCAUGAAGACAGGGAGGCUGUUGGAGGUUCUUGCUGGACAUGAGGGACCUAUUAGCAGUCUUGCCUUUAGUACUGGACAUGCCAUAUUGGCCAGCACAUCCUGGGAUAAAACUGUAAAAUUAUGGGAUAUAUUUGAAAGUAAAGGCUCCCGUGAAACAAUACUCCUGGGAUCAGAUGUGCUGGGCUUGGCCUACAGGCCUGAUGGUGCUGAGGUGGCAGUUUCCACUCUUAAUGGUCACAUCUCCUUCUGGGAUGUCCACUCUGCUGUCCAGACUGGCUCCAUAGAGGGCAGGCCUGAUCUUGGAUACAGUAGGAAAGAACUGGACAAGAUUACUGCCAAGAAGUCUGCUGGUGGAAAAGCAUUCACCAGCCUUUGUUAUACAGCAGAUGGACAAUGCAUUCUGGCUGCUGGACGGUCCAAGAAUGUCUGUAUCUACUCUGUGGCUGACCAGAUUCUGAUCAGGAAGUUUGAGAUCUCUUGUAAUCUGUCUUUUGACGGAAUGGAGGAGUAUUUGGACAGAAGAAAGAUGACAGAAUGGGGAAGUCUUGCUCUUGUGGAUGAGGCAGCAGAAGACGGGAAGACCUCCAUAGCGCUACCCGGUGUGAAAAAGGGAGACAUGAGCUCAAGGCACUGGAAACCUGAAGUCUUGGUGUCCUGUGUGCGCUUCUCCCCCACUG